UUGCCCCUCCCCAAAAAAUAACUUUCCCCGCCAUUUGCAUCUAUUUUUUCUCUACCCAAUUCUCUCCUUCUAGGGCUUCCAGCUCUCUCUGCAACGCGUUAAACCCUAAUUCUCCUCUAAUUGCCCCAUAAUUCCACAUUAUUACAUCAAUACCACUUCGACACUACUCUACGUCACUCUCUAUUCAUGCUUUUACUUUUCUACUCGUUAACUCACCGGUUAAUCAAUCGAUGAGCUAUUCAAAUUCAAAUCCAACCGCCUCAGCUUCGGGCUGGAGCUCCGGUCCACGGGGCAUAGGGUUAUCCAACACCAUACACUCGGAGGUAGCACCGUGCUUGCCGUUGCCUUCGCUUCCGGUGUUCUGUGGCGCAUCGGAUCCGCACCUGCGGUUAUUCGACGAUGGUGGUAGUAGUAGUGUUAGAGGUGUUUGGUCUUUGAAUCGAAGUGAAAUUCUCGCUCAGUCUGCUCGAAUUGCUGAUCUGCUUCGAGAAACGGAUGUUUCCUACUUGAACCUUAGAGAUGAGACAGGGCCAAUUUCAAUUGAAUUUGUUGAGCCUUUGGAACUUCAUGACCAGGUUCUUCAAUGCAAUCCUGAAGCAUUUGAGUAUGUAACUCCUGGUAAACAAAAUAAGAAGCAAUCCGGAAGUACAGUAUUUGAAAGCAAGCCCAUUGGGCCUAGUGUACCUGUUUUGAGUCAAGGUCAAAGAGACUGUGAUGUAAAUCAACAUCACCAGUUCAACUCCAUUCCUAAUGAAAUUGCAUCUUCUUCGAGAAGACCAAAAGUCAAGAAGAAGGGCACUGAUGAUGUACCACCACUGGUUCAGCCAGAUCCUGCUGAGAUUCAAGAUGCCACCAUUGGAAGCUUCUGUGAUGUGCUAGAGGACUUCUGUGGUAGAUCUGAAAUUAUGGGUGAUGAACGGGGUGAAGCAGAAUGGUUGUCAGUGCCUGCUUCUGAUGUUAGAAUGCUUGUGAAUGAAAUAAUGUCCAUACGUUCAAAAAAACUUCUACAUUUGGUUCCCGUAGAUAUUCUUGUAAGGCUCUUACGGGUUCUAGAUAAUCAGAUACACCGAGCAGAAGGUUUGUCUGUUGAUGAAUGUGAACAUGAUUCAGAUGCAGUCUCCUUGGUCUUUUGUGCCUUGGAAUCCAUUCAUGCAGCUCUAGCUGUAAUGGCUCAUAACAACAUGCCAAAGCAACUGUAUAAGGAAGAGAACAUUGAAAGAAUUCUUGAGUUCUCUAAGCAUCAGAUAAUGGAUGUUAUGUCAGCUUAUGAUCCAUCAUAUCGUGCUUUGCAUAAGCCAAGUGAAAAUGUGGCACCUGAAGGUGAUGAAGAUGAAGAGCUUGAGACUGAAUAUGGUUCAGCAAGCAAGAGAAGGCGUACUCAAAAGAGUUCAAAACUGAAGAAAUCAGCAUUUAACAAGGUCUCUGGAGCUGUGAAUACUAUACUACAAAAACUGUGCACUGUACUUGGUUUGCUGAAGGAUUUGUUGUUGAUAGAGAGGUUAUCUGAUAGUUGCAUUCUACAACUGGUGAAGACAAGCUUCACAACAUUUUUGGUGGAUAAUAUCCAACUCUUGCAAUUGAAGGCAAUUGGUUUAAUUAGUGGGAUAUUCUAUUCAUAUGCACAGCACCGAGCAUAUGUUAUAGAUGAGGUUGUUCAACUUCUCUUGAAGUUACCAUUUUCAAAACGAGCAGUAAGAGCCUACCACCUGCCCGAUGAAGAACAGAGGCAGAUUCAGAUGAUUAGCGCUUUGUUGAUUCAAUUGGUUCACAGCAGUGCAAAUCUUCCUGAUCCUUUGAGGGAAGCGUCAAGUGGUAAUUCUAUUUUAGAAGUCUCUUUGGAUGCUACUUAUCCAACCAAAUGCCAUGAAGCGGUCACGGAGACAUGCUGUCUUUUCUGGACCCGGGUUCUUCAGCGCUUCGCAACUGUGAAGAACCAGGAUGCUUCUGAAAUGAAAGUGAUGAUGGAAAAUCUUGUUGCAGAUCUACUAACAACUCUGAACUUACCUGAAUACCCCGCAUCAGCUCCCAUCCUGGAGGUUCUUUGCGUAUUGCUACUCCAGAAUGCUGGGCUGAAGUCCAAGGACAUUUCUGCACGUUCCUUGGCCAUUGAUAUUCUUGGUACAAUUGCAACAAGAUUGAAGCAGGACGCUGUCAUUUGUGGCAGGAACAAAUUUUGGAUAUUAAUGGAAUUGACUGGUGGUGAUAAUGUCGACCAGAGUUAUCCUAAAGAUGCAUGUUGUGUUUGCUUUGAUGGAAGAGUUGAAAAAACACUGUUUAUGUGUCAAGGUUGUCGGAGAUUGUUUCAUGCUGACUGCAUGGGAGUAAGAGAACAUGAAGCUCCUAAUCGGAGUUGGCAAUGCCAGAUUUGUAUCUGCAAGAAGCAACUUAUUGUGUUACAAUCUUACUGCAAAUCACAGAGUAAGGAUGAGGGGAAAAAGAAUAACAAAAAGGAUUCUAAAGCGUGUGAUCCCAUUGCAAAAGUUGAAAUUGUUCAGCAGUUGCUCUUGAAUCACCUCCAAGAUUCUGUUUCUGCUGAUGAUGUGCAUCUUUUUGUUCGAUGGUUCUAUCUAUGCUUAUGGUACAAGGAUGAUCCAAAAUCUCAACAGAAGCUCAUUUACUACCUUACUAGACUCAAAUCAAAUCUUGUUGUGCGCGAUACUGGGACUACCUAUUCAAAGUUGAUGAGGGACUCAGCAAAGAAGAUUACUUCAGCACUGGGACAAAAUAGUUCUUUCUGUAGAGGGUUUGAUAAGAUUCUUCAUAUGCUUCUGGCAAGUUUAAGGGAGAAUUCUCCUGUAAUUAGGGCCAAAGCUUUACGAGCAGUCAGUAUCAUUGUAGAAGCUGAUCCGGAGGUAUUAUGCGACAAACGUGUACAGUUGGCUGUUGAAGGAAGAUUUUGUGACUCUGCAAUAUCUGUCAGAGAAGCAGCACUGGAACUUGUUGGUAGGCAUAUUGCUUCACAUCCUGAUGUCGGGCUGAAGUAUUUUGAGAAAGUUGCUGAGAGGAUAAAAGAUACAGGAGUAAGUGUUCGAAAACGAGCUAUCAAAAUUAUACGAGAUAUGUGCACAUCAAAUGCUAGCUUCUCUGAAUUUACAACAGCUUGCAUUGAAAUCAUUUCUCGCAUUAGCGAUGAUGAGUCAAGUAUCCAGGAUCUUGUUUGCAAGACGUUUUAUGAGUUCUGGUUCGAGGAACCAUCAGGUUUGCAGACGCAAUAUUUUGGAGACAGUAGUUCUGUGCCCUUGGAGGUGGCGAAGAAGACUGAGCAAAUUGUUGAGAUGUUGAGGAAGAUGCCAAGUCAUCAGCUUCUUGUCACUGUCAUUAAGCGUAACCUAGCCCUUGAUUUUUUCCCACAAUCAGCUAAAGCUGUUGGGAUCAAUCCUGUAUCACUUGCAUCAGUUCGUAAGCGCUGUGAGUUAAUGUGCAAGUGCUUACUGGAAAGGAUAUUGCAGGUGGAAGAAAUGAGCAGUGAGGAAGUGGAAGGGCGCACGCUACCUUAUGUACUAGCAUUGCAUGCAUUCUGUGUUGUGGAUGCUACACUUUGUGCCCCGGGUUCUGACCCUUCCCAGUUUGUAGUCACUCUGCAGCCAUAUCUCAAGAGUCAGGUUGACAACCGAGCAGUUGCACAAUUACUGGAGAGUAUAAUCUUCAUAAUUGAUUCUGUUCUUCCCUUGAUCCGAAAGUUGCCUCAAAGUGUUGUUGAAGAGCUUGAACAAGAUCUGAAGCACAUGAUUGUUCGGCAUUCAUUUUUAACAGUUGUCCAUGCUUGCAUCAAGUGUCUUUGCUCUUUGAGUAGAGUAGCAGGAAAGGGUGCUGCUAUUGUUGAGUAUCUUAUUCAGGUAUUCUUCAAACGUCUGGAUGCUCUGGGAACUGAAAACAAGCAGCUAGUGUGCCGUUCUCUGUUUUGUCUUGGAUUGCUUAUUCGCUAUGGGAAUUCUUUGCUGAGGAAUUUUGAUGUUGUCAGCAACCUCACCUUGUUUAAAAAGUAUCUCCGCAUGGAGGAUUUCGGUAUAAAAGUCAGGUCUUUGCAGGCAUUAGGCUUUGUUCUAAUUGCUAGGCCUGAAUAUAUGCUGGAAAAGGACAUCGGGAAAAUAUUAGAGGCAACUUUAUCUUCUGGUUCUGACGUUCGUCUUAAGAUACAAGCAUUGCAAAACAUGUAUGAAUAUCUUCUUGAUGCUGAAAGCCAAAUGGGAACAGAUAAAGCGAGUAAUGAUGUAAAUCAUCAUCCUGUAGAAGGGGGCCAUAGUGUUCCUGUUGCUGCUGGUGCAGGUGAUACCAACAUCUGUGGGGGUAUCGUUCAGUUGUACUGGGAUAAUAUUUUGGGUAGAUGUUUGGAUUUCAAUGAACAAGUUCGCCAGACUGCACUUAAGAUUGUGGAGGUAGUGCUACGGCAAGGUCUGGUCCAUCCUAUCACUUGUGUUCCAUACCUUAUAGCACUAGAAACAGAUCCUCAAGAGUUGAACUCAAAGUUGGCGCAUCAUUUAUUGAUGAAUAUGAAUGAGAAGUAUCCUGCUUUUUUUGAAAGCCGGUUGGGGGAUGGCCUUCAGCUAUCAUUUAUAUUCAUGCAAUCCUGCAGUGUUUCUGCUGAAAAUCUAAAUCAAAAACUCCAAUCUAGAGCUGCUGGAAAUUUGAAGGGAAAACCUGAAGGUGGUUCACUCAUUCAAGCAAGGCUUGGAGUUUCCCGAAUAUACAAGCUUAUCCGUGGAAACCGCAUUUCAAGGAACAAAUUUAUGUCUUCAAUUGUGCGUAAAUUUGACAAUCCAAGCUGGACGAAUUCAGUUAUUCCUUUUUUGAUGUACUGCACAGAAGUACUUGCUAUGCUGCCAUUUACAUCUCCCGAUGAACCACUUUAUUUGAUUUAUGCAAUAAAUCGGAUAAUACAGGUUAGGGCUGGAGCCCUUGAAGCAAAUAUGAAGGGCUUAAUUUUACAUUUGUCACAAAGAAAUUCUGGGAAGUUGCUGCAUGAAAAUGGGGUAAUUCAGCAAGAGCCAGGGCAGCCUAUUCUCCGUCAUAUGGCCACAAUGGAUUUGAAUGGGGUAAUUCAACAAGAGCCAGUUGCGCAGCCUAAUUUCACUCCUUUGACAUCAUUUGAUUUGAAUGGAACAGUUCAGGAAGAACCUCAUUUGGUCUUGAGCUCUAUUGCCUCUAGAGAACCAAAGAUGGAUAAGAGCUCAGCUAAUUCUUUCAGCAUCUCGAAUGAUGAUGUGGAGAAAAUCCAGGUUAAUUGUCUUUGGGCAAUUGCAUUGCAGCUUCUUUUGAAACUUAAGAGGCAUCUAAAAGUUGUAUAUAGCCUGAAUGAUACCCGCUGCCAGGCUUUCUCUCCAAAUGAACCCCCAAAAACCGGGGAAGCUCUGUCAAGGCAGAAUAUUCCCUUUGACAUUAGUGAAACAUCUACUAGUGUGCCAUCCACGUAUCAAGAUUUGGUGCAGAGAUAUCAGGAAUUUAAGGGUGCUUUGAAGGAAGAUUCUGUUGAUUACACCACUUACACUGCAAACAUCAAGAGGAAGCGCCCUACACCUAGAAAGACAAAAAAUGCACGUGUGAAUGGAGAUGACGACGAUGAUGAUGAUGAUGAUGCAGAAUGGACAGGAGGGGUUCGGAGACAAAGUGGUAGUGGCAGGAGGGGUAACUACAAUAGAGCAGGUAGGCAGCGAUCAUAGCUUUUUGUAUAUAUAAAAUAGUUAGGCUAACAUGUACAUUACUUAGGAGAAAAGGAAAAUCAAUAGAUUAGCAUGACAGCGAAAAGAGAAGAAUUCUGGAAACAGAAGAAAAGAACGAAUGAGAGGUCCUGGGAUAUGCAGGUUCUGUUAGUGUGGGGCCUGCAGGGCACUUUCAGGAGCUGUUUCCAUUUUGUAAUUUGAUCAAUAUAUUGUGACUACAUUCUUUUCUGUCAAUGAAAUUCAAGAUUUUUGUAUCA